AUGUGCUUCGUCGAGUUCAUCGGCUAUGUCUGCGGCCAUCGCAGCCAGCCCGUCCUGCGACCCUGCCCCUUGACCACCAACCACGCCAGCAACCCCGUCUGCCCCAACCCGGCCGAGCGCCCCCAGCUCUUGGAUGCCAACUGUCCGGCCUGCGCUCGCAUUCUCCACGGCCGCUGGGUCGAGAUUGUGACUAUCGAGCACCAGUAUAUGCAUGAGCGCGGUGCCUGUGGCUGCGGAGUCCAAUUCCCUGCCGACAAGUUCCCUCCCCUAAUGACGACAGCCAGCCAGUCGUCGCCCAUCAUGGCAAUGACGCCCUCGGUCAGCCAGGAGUCUUCUGGAGAAUCUGUGCGUCCUAAUACCAGCAGUAGUAGCUCCUCUGCUGUUAGUUCAACCGAGCAUCAUCAGCAUAGACGUAGUGGAGAUUCUACUCCAAACAAUAACUCUGAUGCUCAGCAUCAGAUGGACCACAAGAAUCAGAAGAAGAACGGCAAGUAUAAGCAGAGUGGCCAGUACACGACUACGCAGCAGCGCAGACAGAAGAAGAAAAAGGCAGACAAGAGGCAGCAGCACCAGAACAGGUCCAAGGGCUCGCGCGGCCGACAGAAUGACGAAACCACUACGGAGCCCGACCGCAAUAGCGAGCAAAACUCUACCCUGGCCGAUCACGACAAGCCGCCCGCCCUCUCCUGGAAUCCCUCAGUCCUCAACGGUAUCGACGAGUCCAUCCCGUCCCACGAGCUACCCCGCUGGCAGCACCGCAUUCAGUCGCAGUACGGCGCCGAGUGGCUCGCGGAGCACCAGGCCCUCCACGCCAGCGGCCAGUGCAAGUGUCCCGUGCAGUUCCAGUCGUACAAGCCCAUGUGCGCGCUGACCGAGGACGACGUUGCUGCCGCCGAGGCCGAGCACGGCGAUCCCUUUGCCACCAACUGGCGCAAUGGCACGAACAAGAAGCCGACCCCGAAGCAAAAGAAGCAGAAGAAGAUGUUCAACGACAUUGUCCAGCCAAGAAACAUUCCCGAGUACUCUGAUCUGCUUGUCUGGCAGAUGAACCAUGGUGUGCCCAAGAGUCAGCAGGUCCAUGAGCGCCGCACCAUGAAAUUCUGCGGCUUUGCGAACCUGGCCCAAGCCGAGCACUGGUGGUACAACCGCCGGGAGCCGCAGUCCGAGCAGCAACAGAACGAGCAGAUCUAUGCCUACUCGGGCAGCUAUUCCAUUGCCGGACCCAAGCCUCAGCGCACCUAUCCCAUCAUGGCCUAUAGCUCUCCGCAGACCCAAGCCGCGCACGAGGAAAUCAAGGCUCGCACGCCCUCGCGCAAGGCCAAGGCAUACCGAGGUCUCGAUGCGACGGCCCCGCCAUUUGUCUCGAUGAGCGAGGCGGAUAACAAGAACCAGACUACCAAGUACACUCAAGACCAUGGCCUGCCCCUUGCUGGAUUGCCCAUUGGUGUAGGACCUGAGGGCCUUGAUGAGUAUUCCCACUCGGCCGAGUGGGAGAUGUGUAAUUCGGCUCGUCCAAAGCGCAUCAGGACCCAAUCCUGCCCUCCUUCUGCCAACCAGUAA